UUGGCUGGAAGCGGAAGCUUGUUCCCUUCUCGGUGUAUGAGCGUGAGCGGCCGGCAUGUCGAACCCUUCUCCGAAAGCUAAGCCGUCUGAGGCGGCCAACCCGCGGGUUUACCUGGACGUCAGCCUCGCGGGGGAGACAGCUGGACGGAUAGUUCUAGAGCUGUUUGCUGAUGUCUGUCCUAAAACGGCUGAGAAUUUUCGUGCUUUAUGCACUGGAGAGAAGGGAAUUGGGCCAACUACUGGAAAACCUCUGCAUUUCAAAGGCUGCCCUUUCCAUAGGAUUAUAAAGAAGUUUAUGAUACAGGGAGGAGACUUUUCCAAUCAGAACGGAACCGGAGGAGAAAGUAUCUAUGGAGAGAAAUUUGAAGAUGAAAAUUUUCAUUACAAGCACGACCAGGCAGGGUUGCUCAGCAUGGCCAACGCAGGACCAAACACCAAUGGCUCACAGUUCUUCAUCACAACUGUACCUACUCCUCAUCUGGACAACAAACAUGUGAUUUUUGGUCAGGUGCUCAAAGGAAUGGGAGUGGUAAAGAUGCUGGAAAGUGUAGAAGUGAAAGAUGAGAAACCUGUAAAGCACUGUUUUAUAGAAAACUGUGGAGAGAUUAAAGAAGGGGAUGACUGGGGUCUAGCUCCUGCUGAUGGAUCAGGGGACACAUAUCCAGACUUUCCUGAAGAUAUUGAUGGAGAUUUGAAUGAUAUGGAUACAAUUGUACGGAUUGCAGAAGACUUAAAGAACCUUGGGAAUAACUUCUUUAAAGCCCAGAACUGGAUAAUGGCAGACAAGAAAUACACCAAGGCUUUAAGAUACACAGCUACUUUAAGAGAUGAAAUUGAUGAUGAAUCAACAGAGAAGCUGGAUUCGGUUAAAAGCCUAGAAUCUAUUUUGUUAAGUUGUAAUCUGAACAUUGCUGCAUGCAAGCUGAAGCUGUCUGACUGGAAUGCUGCUAUUGAAAGCUGUGACGAGGCUCUUGAAAUUAAUCAGUCAAACACAAAGGCGCUUUAUAGAAGGGCUCAAGCCUGGCAAGCAAAGAAGGAUUAUGAUCAGGCACUGGAUGAUCUUAAGAAAGCUCAGGAAAUUACACCUGAAGACAAAGCUAUAAGCAAUGAAAUACUCCGAGUGAAACAAAAGAAAAAGGAACAGAAAGAGAAAGAAAAGGCAACUUAUGCAAAAAUGUUUGCUUGAUAAGUUGAUUUUAUUUUCGGCUGCUAAGGGCUGUUGUUUUGUCUUAAUCGUCUGAGGACAGUGUUGGGUUGUUUGUUUGGAUAUGUAGUCUGUUUUACAGACAAGUGCACAUGAUUUAAAUAAAAAUUAUAGAGACUAGAGGGUAAACAAUUGCUGCAACUCAGCUGUGCUGCUGACACCUUAUUUGCAAAGUGUCUUGCAAUGGAGCUGUUAAAGAUAUCAGCUAUUAAAAUAAAAUAAAAUAAAGAAUAAAGGUCUCAUCUGUUUUUCCCUGCAAGAUAUAUUGAUGUUUCUAUUUAUAGAUUUCUUUACUUAAUAAACGUGGCAGAAGCAAUAUAUGAAAGAAGUAAUACUAUAUGUGUGAGUCACUGUUCUUGUCUUUGAAGAACUUUUUUUAAAGUAGCUUCCUACUAUGUCUUUAUUUUUAUUUCUAAGAUCCUGAUGGUCUGCAAAGGGUUACAAUACAUAUGGCUCAUAAGUAAAACCUACUGUGGUUAUUUAGUUCAUCUGUUUACUGUGUUUAAAAUUUAUACCUAUCAUGUUUUUUCAUAUCGACACAGAAUUUGUCCAGGCAUUAAUUUUAUCCAAUUUAGUUGUAAAUUGAAUGGAAGGUGAUUAAAGCUGAAUAGCAAUUCAGUUUCAACAUCCCAGUUAUGCUUCGAAUACAAACGGGAAAAUUACCCUUUUAUUGAAAACUGACUUUACACUCUGCUCUUGCAGCUUUUCAUCGGUCAGCUUUAUUGCUUUUGAAGAUGAUAUUAUCUUCAAUAUUGAUCCAGUUGCUUCUCAACUCCUUUAACUUUUCAUUUUUCUUUCUUUCUGCAAAAGCACAAAAUAAAAAGCGCAUAAAACACAUUGCAAUAAUCAGAGGAACACUGAGUGAGGUAUUGUACUCUAUACACAUUUCAGCAAAGACAACAUUUUGUUUGGUCGGUACAAAGGGUUCAGUGAGGUGUAAAAUUUUAUAUCAAACUAUUCUUUAUUUGCAGGUAUUGUAGUUGAUGUAAAAUCCAUUCAAACUUGCACUUAUUACGUAUCACAGCUGAUGUCUAUAUCCUUAUGGCAGAUUAGAAUUUAGGCCAUCUUUUUUUAAGACUAUUUCUAAAGUCAAGUUAAGCUCAUGUAGGUUGCAGUUUCUUAAAUGCAAACGGAGCACCAGUUGAAGCUGAUGUGCGUUUUGCCCUCUAGUCUGAUGUGUAUUAUUUACGAGAAGUUGAAAAAUGUUCAAUACUGAUUACCAUGAACUCAUUGUUUAGAAGUCUGAGCAAUAUAUCGGCUAAUACGAUAUAUUCAUAAAUGAAUAAAUUUUGUCCUUUCAAUAUAA